GGUUCCCGCUCAGCCGGGGAGGCCUUGGCCACGCAGCGGCAGGAGCGCGCGUCCCGGGGCGGCGGCGUCCUGGAGACCCCCGAGAGAUGGAAGCUGCGGCGCCGGCGGCGGCCGAGGCGGCUGGGCACGAAGAGCUCGAUAUGGAUGUAAUGAGACCCUUAAUAAAUGAGCAAAACUUUGAUGGGACAUCAGAUGAAGAACAUGAGCAAGAGCUCCUGCCUGUUCAGAAGCAUUACCAGCUCGAUGAUCAAGAGGGUAUUUCAUUUGUACAAACUCUUAUGCACCUUCUUAAGGGAAAUAUUGGAACUGGUCUUUUGGGACUUCCACUGGCAAUAAAAAAUGCAGGCAUAGUGCUUGGACCAAUCAGCCUUGUGUUUAUAGGAAUUAUUUCUGUUCACUGUAUGCACAUUUUGGUACGUUGCAGUCACUUUCUAUGUCAGAGGUUUAAAAGGUCAACAUUAGGGUAUAGUGACACUGUGAGUUUUGCUAUGGAAGUGAGUCCUUGGAGUUGUCUGCAGAAGCAAGCAGCAUGGGGACGGAGUGUGGUUGAUUUUUUUCUGGUGAUAACACAGCUGGGAUUCUGUAGUGUUUAUAUUGUCUUCUUAGCUGAAAAUGUGAAACAAGUUCAUGAAGGGUUCCUGGAGAGUAAAGUGUUUGUUUUGAAUAGUACCAAUUCAUCAGAUCCAUGUGAGAGAAGAACUGUUGACCUAAGGAUAUAUAUGCUUUGCUUUCUUCCAUUUCUAAUUCUUUUGGUCUUCAUUCGUGAGCUCAAGAAUCUAUUUGUGCUUUCAUUCCUUGCCAACGUUUCCAUGGCUGUGAGUCUUGUGAUAAUUUAUCAAUACAUUGUUAGGAAUAUGCCAGAUCCCCACAACCUUCCAAUAGUGGCUGGCUGGAAAAAAUACCCUCUCUUUUUUGGUACUGCUGUAUUUGCUUUUGAAGGCAUAGGAGUGGUCCUUCCACUGGAAAACCAAAUGAAAGAAUCAAAACGCUUUGCCCAAGCAUUGAAUAUUGGCAUGGGAAUUGUUACAACUCUGUAUGUAACAUUAGCUACCUUAGGAUAUAUGUGUUUCCAUGAUGAAAUCAAAGGCAGCAUAACUUUAAAUCUUCCCCAAGAUGUGUGGUUAUAUCAAUCAGUGAAAAUUCUCUAUUCCUUCGGCAUCUUUGUGACAUAUUCAAUUCAGUUCUAUGUUCCAGCAGAGAUAAUUAUCCCUGUGAUCACAUCCAAAUUUCAUGCUAAAUGGAAGCAAAUCUGUGAAUUUGCAAUAAGGUCCUUCUUGGUUACUAUUACUUGUGCUGGGGCGAUUCUGAUUCCUCGUUUAGACAUUGUGAUUUCCUUUGUCGGAGCUGUGAGCAGCAGCACAUUGGCCCUGAUCCUGCCGCCUCUGGUUGAAAUUCUUACAUUUUCUAAGGAGCGCUACAAUAUAUGGAUGAUCCUGAAAAAUAUUUCUAUCGCGUUCACUGGAGUUGUUGGUUUCUUGUUAGGUGCGUAUGUGACUGUUGAAGAAAUUAUUUAUCCUACUGCCAAAGUUUUCGCUGGCACUCCACAGAGUUCCUCUUUAAAUUUGAAUUCGACAUGCUUUACAUCUGGUUUGAAAUAGUAGAAGCAGAAUUAUGAGUCUCAAGCCUGAAUAUGAUGAAAAUAAGAACCUCUGUAGAACACAUUGCCAUACACUGAAAAACCGUUUGCUUUCGGCACAUUGAUAUUUUGGCAGUAAAUUAUAAUUCUUUACCAAUACUGAUAAACUAUGACAGAUUCGUGGUUUUAAGUAUUAGCAGCAAUUUCAAAAAUUUUAGUUCUGAAAAUUGAAAAAAUUAAAAUGUUAAAAAAAUUAAAGAAUGAAAAUUCUUCUCUUAUUCUUCUCUCAGUCAAAUAGUUUAACCAGGAUUCUCUCUUUUACCUCCAUGCUACUCUCUUGCCACCCAGAUGAGGAGAGAACAGGGUUUCAACAAUAAGAGAAUUAAAGAAGUAUAGGUGACUAAAAUCUGACCAUCCCAAUGAAUUUUAAAGUAUACUUUGUAUAUAAUGUAGACAUAUCUUGAUUAUGUUUUUAUUAGAGAGCCAAAUACUUAUGUUUUCCCUGUGGAAGUUUAGAACACUCUCAUUAGCCAUAAUGUAAGAAUCAGAAAAUCCCCCAAACCAGAAUUAUCUUUACACUAUUCUGUAAUGGUAGCUGAUCUUCAUAAUGAAAACCAAAAGGCACUGUGCAAGAUUCUGAUUUAGUGUUUAACCAAAUUUGAGAGACUUUAAAAGUUAACCAGGGCUUCCCUGGUGGCGCAGUGGUUGAGAGUCCGCCUGCCGAUGCAGGGGACGUGGGUUCGUGCCCCAGUCCGGGAAGAUCCCACAUGCUGCGGAGCGGCUGGGCCCGUGAGCCAUGGCCGCUGAGCCUGCGUGUCCGGAACCUGUGCUUCGCAACGGGAGAGGCCACAACAGUGAGAGGCCCGCAUCCGCCAAAAAAAAAAAAAAAAAAAAAAAAGUUAUCCAAUACAUAUUCCCUUGUUUUUUUUUACCUGAGGAAAUGGAUACCCGGGAUGGUUAAGUAACUUGAUCAAGACCACUCAGCCUUGAGAUGAAGAGAACCUGAUCUUUUGAUUCCCAGUCCAGGAUUUUUUAUCUUUCACUUCACAUCCUAGAAAAAGAAUAAAUUAUGUUGUUUAACUUUAGUAUUAAGUCUGUUUAAUUAUAUUUCAAUAUUUUGUAAGUCAUGAUCUUUGACAAGUGUAUGUGACCUGAGCAGAAAGUCAGGGAACUCUAAAAAGCCUGCACUGUGGCCAUGUAAGCCUCAACAUGGGAAAGAAGCAAUGCUUUUUAAACAGAAUAGAAAUGCCUUGCUGGUUUAACUGCUGGCUGGUAGAAGGUGCCCAGCUGUCCUGUGUGUGGAUUCAGCUCUCCUUAUUGUUUCUUUCUUUCUAGGUUUGUAGGCACUAUCUUUCCUAAUGGCAAAAAAUAGAGAUCUGACACAAUACAGGACUUGUGUACUCUUUUCGGCCUCAUGGCUUUCCUUAUCAUAGCCUUCCAUUGAUCUGAAUGGGCAGAAUAAGAGAAAGAUUCAGGCCUAGGAAAAAAUCAAGACAAUAAUAAACUCUCUGCUAGAUACUGAGACGCUCCAGGCUUCUUCCAGAGAAACACCUUUUAUUCCUCCAUAUUCUUCAAGCCCAGUUAUUAACCAAAACAGAGAAUCUCAGUGGGCAUGGAAUAUGAAAAUGGUUAAGUUUAAAACUAAGAAUCUUGAUAUUUUUUUUUAAUUCAUACUUUAAAACUCAUCGAACUUUUUAGUCAGGUUGGUGAUACUCUAAUUUGUAAUACUGUAAGAUAUCACCAAGAUCACAGUAGUGUAUAUAUUCUAUAUUUUUAUAUGUAAAUGUUCAAGUAUUUUUUUGCUUACAUCAUUGAGUCAUCAAGUAUAAUCCAAAGAUAUAUCAGAAGCUUUAUUUUGGUACAAAUUCUUAAGAAUCAAAACUUUUAAAAAAACAUUUGCAUUGAGAAUCACCAAUAAUUGUUUGUGACACUUUUAUGUCAAAUCUGUUAUGUUGAACCUUUAGUCACGGGAGAAUGUGGAAGAAGUUAUAGGAAAAGUAAUUGUCAUUGAAACUAAUGUUAUAUAAUCUUGAAUCUAAGAGUAAAUUAGGCGUUUUUUAAUGUAUAACUUGGUAUAAUAUGACUUGAAAACUAUUAUUUAAUAGAAAGCACUAUUAGGUUUUUGUCAGCUGUCUUCAGAUAGUAUUUCUAGUCUAUGUGUGAUAUUUUAUUUUUAUACUUUUCGCCUUUGUUUAUUUUCCUUAUGGAAUUUAUCACAUUUAAUGAAAUUUCAAAUAGCUGAUAAUAGCAAUAUAUAAAUUUUAAAUUCAAUGAACAAAUGUUGAGUACAUUAUCAACCAGGCUUCCUUAAGCAAUGAGUGCGGACUCGACAUCCAGUACUCAAUUCACUAAAUUAUCAAUACUUUAAAUACAAGAGAAAAGUUGAAAUGCAGAAAGGAAGAGGUGCUAAGGAGGGAGAGAGCAGUUUUCAUUCUUAACAAGAAAUACUAUUUAGAUGUAUAAACGCACUCUUACUUAAGGAUUUUUAAUGAUGUGUUUUAUUUGCAAAAAAUCAAGCAGUAUUUUUCCUCUGAAAAUUUAGUUUUAAUGAGUCAUAACAUUUUCUAAGAUUCUUGGAGAAGAUAUUUUGAUUAAACCAGCUGUUGAUUUUACUUUGGGACCUGGAAAAUUGAGAGUGAUUGCACCUGUCAAAUUUUGUAUCCAGUAUCUUUGGUCCAUUACAUUAUAGCUUAAAUGACUUCAGCAUUUCAUCUGCCACCACAGUAAAGCACCCUCUUCUCUGAAAGCUAAUCAGGUACCAACGAGCCUUUUCUACUAGUGGAGUGGGGGAGAAAAAGGAAAGCUUUAUUCACCUCUGAUGACCUCUGAGCUAAGUUAGUCAUCACUGUUCCCUUACAGCUAAAAGGGUUUCACCAGUUUCAGAGUCAACUUGUCAAAACAGUGGCUUUCAGACCUUUUUUAUUUUUUAUGAGAGUAUUUUCUUGUCCCCCCAUGGCCAGAUUUCUCCACAACUGAAGUAAGACCUAGUUUUUUCUUUAGUUAAAGACCGGUUUGUACGGUGUUACCAAAUGAAAAAAAGCACUGUGUUAGCAAGUGCUACAUUAUGUUUUAAUUCUGUCCUCUCUGGAUUCUCCUCUAUUAAAACAAUUUCUGCCUUUUGCCUAUGUGAUGCAAUUAACAUUUUUGUAAGCAUUUUAUGCAACGUGCUUGUUGUAAAUGUCCUAACGUGGGUGAUUUCAUUCAUUAUUUUCAUAGUAGUUACAGAAAAGCUCUCUAACUGUAAAGUACUAUACAGAUAGUAACUGGGAUAUUAAUUGAUGUCCUACAUUAGUGCCAUGUCCAGCUGUGGACAUGCUUACUGUAGCUUCCCUGUGGUAUCUUCUGGGACUGACAUGCCAGAGAUGGCAGUACAGCAGCUUAGUACUGCAUUUGUUUACUGAAAGUAUGUACCCACUCCUUUCUUCAUUUGAAAGGGAGAGGAUACAUAAUAGAGCUAAUGGAAAUAACAAAUAAAAUUAUUGUAAGUGAUACCAGUGGCUCAAUGAAUAUGUUCUGUUGAGAAAAUAAUUUGGUAAAAUUAUAGACCAUUGGUACUAUAAAAUGAGUUUUUAAAAAAUGAGUCUUUUAAUCUUUUUGGCUCAACUAGCUCCCCUUCAUAAGAAAAUUUGAGAGACUUUGAUCUAAAAGGCAUAACAAGAUACUUCUUAACACUAAAUGGCUGACUGUAAUAGUCAACACUUUGGCAGUAUGAUUGACCAUAAUUAAUCUUAUUUAUGCCACUAAUGCUCACUAGGCUAAACACCUUUCUGAAAGUGGUUGGUUUUGACCUAGGAGAUAAGAAAACAUGCUUUAGAAAUGCUGUUUAUUGCUCUAUGAUAAAAUUAAAUGACAAAUCACUCUCAUUCUUAGAAUUUUAUAUCAAGGUUACCUAGUUCUAAUGUAUACACAUACACACACUCCAGUAGUCUGUGGAGUUAGAUACUAAUACUAAUUUGCCAUUUAAAUUGGAUCCAGGAAGGUGAUGUGUUGAAAGAUUAUUCCAUUAGUUUUCUUGAUGAGAAAUAGGAAAAUACGUGUUUAUACCGUAAAUAAAUGAAGCUAUGGAUUUUGGCUUUUCAAAAUGAUGUUUGUUUGAAUGAAAACUAAAUAUCAGUGCACUUGAGUUAAUUCUUUUUCUUUUAACUUAUUUUUCUUUAUAAUAUGAAAAAAUGUCUUAAAGUACUGUAACUUCUGAAUUUUCAAUAAAAUAUUAUUUUGUUUGCAAAUACCUUUUUAAAUAAAUUUUUCUUUUAUAAGGUUAAAUGACAUUGACAAAUGUUAUAAGCUGGAAAGGACACUAGUAUAUUCUCAUAAUAACAUUUUAAUAAGUCUUUGCGGUUAAUUCCUUGUCAUGCGGCCCUCAAUCUUGGAGGCUGAUAUUAUGCACGUCUGGGAUUUAAGAGCAGAAGCUGACUAAAAAUGAAAGGUCGUACUCAAAACCAUGAC